AUGCCAGAACAAACCAAUCAAAUCAAGAUCAAAUUCUUCACUAAUGAUGAAGAUGAAUCAUUACACGUCAGUGAUUCUCCAUUAUUUGUCCCAGUUUCCUUGAAAAGAUUUGGGUUAUCCGAAGUUGUAAAUCACUUGUUAGAAAAAGAUAAUGACACACCUAUCCCAUUUGAUUUCUUAAUUGAUGGUGUCCUUUUACGUGGCUCCCUUGAAGAAUACUUGACCAAACAUGGGUUAUCCAACGAAGCGUUCUUAAGUUUGGAAUACCAACGUGCGAUAUUACCUCCUUCAUUCUUGGCCUCAUUUAACAAUGACGAUUGGAUUUCUUCUCUUGAUGCCAUAAACCUACAAAGCCAAGCCGUUACUUCAUCAAAUUUAUCCAUCACCCAAGCAAAGAUCUUAUCUGGUUCCUAUGAUGGUAUUGUUCGUACUUAUAAUAUGUCUGGUAAGGUGGAGAAACAGUAUGUUGGACAUAAUGCUCCUAUCAGAGCUGUAAAGUGGAUCUCUCCAACUAGAAUUGUAUCUGCUGGUAAUGACAGACAAGUUAGAUUAUGGAAGACAUCACACGAAGAAAUUGAAGAUGAAGACGAAGAUGAACCGGAAGAAGGUAAGACAUUGGCCAUCUUAGAAGGUCAUAAAGCCGCUGUCGUUGAUUUAUCCGUGGAAUACUCCACCAACAGAAUAUUGACUGCCAGUUAUGACCAAAGUAUCGGGUUCUGGUCUACUAAUUAUAAAGAAAUGCAAUCUAUCCAACCAUUUGAAUACGACUCUAACGUCAUUUCUUCUUCUUCCAAAAAGAGAAGAAAGAUGGCCUUGCAGGAUGCUUCAAUCAGGCGUCGUUCUCCAUUGUCUUUAUUAGAAGGACACACACAACCAGUAGAAGCCGUUAUAUUCGACGCCAAUGAUGCAACUGUGGGUUACUCCGUAUCCCAAGAUCAUACUAUCAGAACUUGGGAUUUGGUCACUUCAAGAUGUGUAGACACUAGAACUACCGGUUACUCCUUAUUAUCCUUGUUGCAAUUACCUAAACAAAACUUAUUAGUUACUGGUUCAUCAGCCCGUCAUAUCAAUCUUCACGAUCCAAGAACAACCACGGAACAAACAAGCACUAAAUUAGUGGGACACACUAAUUUCGUGGUGGCAUUAUCCGCAUCACCAAAUAACGAGCAUAUGUUUGCAUCAGCAUCUCAUGAUGGAACCGUCAAGGUUUGGGAUGUCAGAUCGGAAAAAUCAUUAUACACAAUCACAAGACAAGACGGACUGAAAGGUAAGAUAUUUGAUGUGUGCUGGGAUGGUCAAAUAGGUAUUAUAAGCGGGGGUGAAGAUAAAAAGAUUCAAAUCAACAAGGGAUCUGAUAUUUCCAAGUAA